CCUGUCCUGUCCUGUUCUGUCAUUUUCAUAGCUACCUACCGGUAUGCGUCAGCUGCAAUCGUCUGGAUAGAAUCAGGCCUUCCAUUGGGAUUUGGCUUGUUUAUAUCUUUUGCUCACAUUGCGAAAUUCCAUCUUCACCCGAGAUGAUGGAUGCCCUUACCUCCAAGCCACCUGCCGCGGGACACAGGCGCAACAAAUCCGCCGCCGUCUUCAAAUCCAUGCUCUCCCCAACGAAGAACCACAAGCGGAACCCCUCAGACGGAACGGCGCUGAAAGCCAGCACCAGCAACAUUGAAAACAUUCCUACUCCAACAACGACGCCGUCAAAGCAACCAUCGAAAGAAGGGCCCACCAAGUCCCUGCACAAGAAAACGAAGAGCUCCCUAUCCCUGCGCUCGCUCGGGAAGUCUAAAGACGGUCGGUCACGAGAUGCGAAUCGCGGGCAAGACAACCGAGAAGAUACGCCGAAGAAGAUGAAGUCGACAAAUAACCUGGCAGCGAUGCUGGGGAUAUCCAAGUCCAGAGACGCUGCCGCUAGGAGCGCAGCGCUCGCCAAGGAGAAAGACAAAGAGAAUACCACGCCACCUCCGUCGUCCGCCGCAGCAGAGCCUACAUACACACCCAUCUGGGCGCAGUUCAGCUCGCAGCCUUUGCAGGAGAUUUCCACGACGACCAAGGUGCCCUUGAAUGACCGGCGGAGUGUCGAGGAUGAAAUUAGAUUGUACACACCUUCACACUACUCACCGUCCAAGCAGCGGAACUUCGGCGCCUAUGGGGAGGUUCCUUCGCUGAAGCAGCAGCAGAAGAGGCCCGGAUUGGGGGAACGACCGAAGUCGACGUUUUUGCCGAGUACGGGUUCGAAUGGGUUGUUGGAGGGUUUCACACGACAGAGGGGGAAUGAGAGGGGCGUUGGUGGGGACGGGAAGGCGGUCGGAGAGAAGAGUAAUGGCUCGACCACCCGGGACAUGCUUAGACGAUCCAACUCGGAUAGCUCUAGAAAAAAGGUGGAAGCCAAACAGCCCGAGCCGGAACUUAAGAGGACGAAUCGGGUCAUGGCUGCUGUGGCUGCGUUGAAUGGGAAGGCGAGGGAAGCGCAGGCGGGGCCAACAUCGCCAACGAAGCUGGAUCCGCAGGCCGUGGAGGCCGAGUUUGAAGCUGUGCUUGAAUCGCGCAACAUACCCCAGCACCAGCGAACUGCUAUGCGAACGUUGAAGCUAGAGGUCAAGGCCGACUUCGUCCGAACUCACAAGUUGGAGACGCCAACAGCGUCCCGAGCUGCUUCAGGACAGUCCGUUGGCGGCGACUCGACGGGAUGGAAGUCUGUCAAAUCAACAUUGAGUAGUGGACGUAAAUCCCAAGACUAUCCGGAUGAAGAACGAGAGGCUGUCGGUACAAGCGGGAAGUCCUCAAAGCGGGAACGGCCACUGAGUAAGACUUUCACAUGGGGCAAAGGGGAUUCGCCAGUCAAGAAGCAGAGAGCCGAGGCAGAGAAGAAAUCCAAUAGAUCAAGUGCGAUUCCGAAGUCGCCUUCUAUGCGAUCGCUCAUUUCGAAUGGUUCGGUCAGGUCAGCAAAGGGCGUGAAGCCCGCGAGUCCUGAUGAGUUCGUCACGUACAUGAGAAACACGGCGAAGGUCGAAGAUGUGGAGGUCGGUCGUCUGCAUAAGCUUCGGCAGCUGCUGCGCAAUGAGACUGUGGACUGGGUCAACAUGUUCGUGCAAGAGGAUGGCAUGACAGAACUGGUCAAGCUGCUCCACAGGCUCAUGGAGGUGGAGUGGCGAGAAGAUCACGAGGACCAGCUUCUUCAUGAAGUCCUGCGCUGUCUCAAGGGGCUCUGCACCACGGAUUCGGCACUCAAACAACUCGCCGAGGUCACUUCGACACUGUUCCCCGCCCUCCUUGCUAUGCUAUUCGACGAGGAGCACAAAGGCCCCAGCGAGUUCACCACGCGCGAACUCGUCAUCCAGAUCCUCUUCGCCCACCUCUCCACAGCUUCGGAACCGGAGCGCCACGCGCGCGCCCGAGAGCUGCUCACGUACCUGAAAGACCCUAUUAAGGAGAAGGAGUCUUCGACCAUCCCGUUCAUAUUGCAAAUGCACCAACCCCGUCCGUACCAGGUGUGGUGCAAGGAAAUCACCAACGUGACCAAAGAAGUCUUUUGGAUCUUCAUCCACCACCUCAACGUCAUCCCGCUCCCCAAAUCCGAGGACGAGGAUCCAGCCAGCACCACCAGUACAACUCCAAAAUCCUACUUGAAAACACACUUCCCCGGUCCCCGCGCCAUCGUGCCUGCGGCCCCUUACGUCGGCGGCGUCGAGUGGGACGCUACCAAUUACAUCGCCACGCACCUGGACCUGCUCAACGGUAUUAUCGCGUCCCUGCCCACGAAGGAGACGCGGAACACGCUCCGGUCUGAGCUCAAGGUGUCGGGGUUUGAGAAAUUGAUGGGCCAUUUGAGGACGUGCAAUCCGAAGUAUUACGGUGCGGUGCAUGAUGCGGUUAAGGUGUGGGUCAAGGCGAGUGUGGAUGAUGGGUGGGAUGUUAGGGCUGUGAGGAUGGGGAGUGCGGAGGGCAAGGGUGUCAGUCCGGUUAAGAGUAGUCCGAGGAAGAAGGUGGAUGAUUGGAUUUGAGAGGCGGGAAGGGGAGAGGGAAAGGUAGGUAUGGUAUGGUAAGUCUUGGUCGACGGCGUUGGAUGGAUGGAUGGAUGGACGGUGCUGCUGAGGAGGAAGGGAGUCCUUUGGAUCAAUUGCGCCGCCCCCAUGUUCAUCUCCGGCGCAAAGAGGGGUUAUGUGUUUGGGUCGGGUUUGGGUGUUUGGGCUGCACGGGUUUCCUCCUGUUUUACUUAUCGGAUCUCUCAAGUUUUCUCUAUUAAUACGCUCGCUUAUGAUGGUAUGAGAUACGGCUGUUUUUCCUUCUGGUUUGGUUUCUUGGCUUCCCUCCCCCUUUUUCUUUUCUUUUCUUUUGGGAUGAAGAGGUUAGU